AAUUUAUGUUGAAAACAAAUUCAUAAAAUUAUUAAUCUCAUUUUGCUUUUCUGUGUUUGAUUUUAGAUUUGUGAUUUUGGUGCAUCCAGGUUCAUAGACAGUACUACAAAGAUGUCAGUAGCUGGUACUUUACCUUGGAUGGCUCCCGAAGUGAUUCAGUGCCUUCCAGUAUCUGAAAGUUGUGAUGUUUGGUCGUAUGGUGUUGUUUUGUGGGAAUUGCUUACACAUGAAGUGCCUUUUAAAGGAAUUGAAGGCUUUCAAGUUGCAUGGGCUGUCGUGGAAAAAGAAGAGAGACUCACUAUUCCUAAAUGCUGUCCUCCCAGAUUUGCCGAGCUUAUGACUGCAUGCUGGAAGACAGAUCCAAAGGAAAGACCUUCUUUUGCCCAAAUCUUGAAAGUGCUAAGCUCUAUGCAAGAUGAUGUUGCCUUUUGUGAUGAACUGUCAGUGUAUCUUAGUCAAAAAAGUGUUUGGAGGGAAGAAAUAGAAGCAACUUUAGAACUAAUGAAAAAAGCGGAGCAUGAUUUAAAUCAAAAACAAAAACAUCUAGAAGAAUGGGAACUGAGACUUUUAGAGAAAGAAAAGAAACUUGAGCGAAAGAAAAAAUGUAUGCAACUGUAUGAACUUGACAUAAAUACUUGGUCAUCUGAUGAUGUGUGCUUGUGGAUCAAGCAGUUAGGAUUAGAAGCAAACUCAAAAGAUUUGGCUCAGUAUGCUGAUUUGUUCCUGGAACAACAUAUUAAUGGACGCCGUCUCUUACUUAUGACAUCAGAAGACUUGAAAGACAUUGGAGUACGUGCUGUUGGGCAUAGAAUCCAUUUAAUGGACGAAAUAAUGAAAUUAAAAAGUCACAAUAAAAGAAUGCUACAUUUUCCACCUUUGGAGCAGACGAUUCCGCAAAGUUCAACUUCUAAUUCAAUACGACCAAAUACAAUGAGGUUAGUAAUAUUAUUUGGAAAUCAUGUUCGUUUGGGCUCAAAUCCCAGUGAACAUAAAUGGAAAAUGUAUGUUGAAGUCGAUGAAGGUGACAGCCCAUUGACUACUGUAGCUUGUAUAAAAGAAGUUAGCUUCGAGUGUCGGCAUGCAGGAUUACCACUUUCGAGAAUAACUCAGCCUCCUUUUGUCAUGGAUAGAUGGUGCGUCGGAAUAAAACCCGAUACUGCCGUCACAUGUAUUGUGACAUAUGAAUCUAUUGUGAAAAAGCCAAGGUUCACUCAGCAUUUACAUCAAGUUGCUGCUGAAGGAAAUACAUCUAUGCAAAAAGAAGUAAACCUCACACUUCGUGGGCUACCUCACACGGACAAGAAACGACGUGCACAGCAUUGCAGAAGUGCUCCUAUCUUACCAGAAGUUUGGCAGAAUCGUUUCUUUCCAGAAUCUUUCUCUUUACCACCUGAGAAAACAGAAAAAGGCACCUGGGCUAAAGUUGUUGCAGGAGAGACUACGAUUCCACCAUUGCAGAAAAAUAAAAAAUUUGGGGGCUUUGAAGAUUCUGGUUCAAGUAGUGAUGGAGAAAGUAUAUUUGAGAGCAUGAAGAGCAUUGGUAGACAGCUUCUUGAAGACACACAACCAAGGGCUAGAUUAAAAAAAGUUUCAUUUACACUACAUGAAUCCAGUUCAUCAGAAUCAAUAGGAAGUGAUUCUGCCCAGUUUUCAUCUAAAGUUUUUCGAGAAAGACGUUGUAGCACACCAUCUUGUCGGCCUCGUUUCAAGUACAGACAUUCUGCUAGUGAUUCAGGCUUUCCCAUCAACAAGGAUAUCAAAUCAAAGUUUGAUAAGGACUCCCGUUUUGUUAAGUUUCGUGAAUGCCGCAUACGCCUUCAGAGUGAAGUUGAUAGAUUCAUGAGUGGUGACAAAGAAGAUGCAUCUUUUGAAUCUGUUGCUAGGAAAGCUAAGGAAGUAUUUAGUGAGCCUGUGGAAGAUGCUUUUGGUGAGUUUCCCCUUCAUUUUCGGAGACACAAUAGGGGUCUUAGAGGCCAGGAUAGGGGGAAUUUAUUCCAGCCAGAAAAAGGAGAACCAAAACUACGAUCAUGGAGUUUAGAUAGAAACGCUUUGUGACAAUAAGUACUUUAAAUAUUAAAUUCAUUGAGCAUUUUCUUUGACUGCUUUUUGAAAAGCACAUUUACAAAUGGAGCCAUUAGAAAGAAGUGGUUAAAGGCUUUCUUUGCAGUAUUUUUAUGCAACAAAAUAGCUAAAUUUUCCCAUAUUACCUCAUUGGUUAUCAUAAAGAAAGCUAUAUAACAGUAUUUCUGCCAUUAUUUUCAAAUAACUAUGCAGGAGUUAUUGCAGAACUAGUCAAAAAUAUUGUGCAAUCAAUUUUUGCAUUCUAAAUGAAAUAUAUGGAAAUGCUUGUAUAAUAAUCAGCACUUUCUUGAUAAAUAUGACUAUUGUUGCCUAUAUAUCGCAUAACUCAACUCAAGACAUUCUAAAGUAAUUGUUUAAACAAAUUAAAGCAAUUUGAGAUUAAUUAAAUCAUGAAACUAAAUUGGAUGGACUAAUUCUUAAGCAAAAUUUCAAAAUAUUUGAAUUAUGCAUCAUUUUUAUGUUUUAUCAUCAUCUAUGCUUCUUUUGAAUAUUUUUUGAAUCCUACCCUCAAAAGAAUCGAAUUUUUAUUUGAAUUGUAGUUUUUAUUUUGGAAUGAAAUACAGUACAAAGUCCGAAAUCUAAACAUCUAACAUCUGGGAUGAUCCAAAAUCCAGACUUCCAAAUCACCAACAGUCUUUUUUUUUUUUUUUUUUUUUUUUUUUUUUAGAAAUUUGUUAAAAUGCUGUGCAUUUGCACGCAUUUGAUAUUUUUUAUAAUAAAGCAAUAAAAUAAAUGUUUGAAUUUAGGGAGGCACUUGGCAGCAUAAUUUUGGACCUGCAGAGACUGCACAGGGCUACAAAAUGUCUAGUGUCAGCCCUAGAUAAGCCUUGAAGUUUAUGUGAGAAUUUAUUUGGUUUCAGAUAAGCAUGUGUAGGAGAGUUAUAAGUAUAAUAAAUAACCAGAGUAAUAUAAGUCAGGUUUAACUUCGUCAGUGUGCGGCAAGACAAAAUUUAGUGGAACAACAUGUGAAUCUCUAGUCUUAUGGUACAUCACCAGUAGUUUUAUGAUAAUAGCUGUGAAUUUGAAGAUUUUCAGAUAUCAGAAAACAAAAGGCAAAAUUUUCCAUUUAAUGGAAAUUGUGAAGAAAGUAACAAAAUGGUAAUUAAUGAUGAUAACAGAAGUUUUUCAUUGCACUCACAAUGCAGUCGACUAACAAAUGGCAAAACCUGUAGCUUGGUUCUAAAUAAUCAGAUAAAUCAGAAAAUAUCACUAGUGAUGGUGAAGAACGCGACUGAGAGGUUGCUAAGAAUGAAAAUAUUUUGAUCAACAAUUUAGUAAGAAUUCUCAACAUGGUAAUUACAGGAAUUUUACAAUGGAAUUUUGUAACUGAACAAGAAAUUAUGCCUGUCUAUAGAAUUAGAGAAAGAAUAAACACAAAAAAUUAAUAUUGAACCUUUUUUGUGUAAAUUUUAUUCCAUUAAGGUCAGAAAUGCUUCAUUUUUUUCAUAUUUCUAAUUUUAUAAUUUCUGCAUGUCAUCUUACUAGAUUUAAACUGAUGAUCUAACAUGUAGGAGAAUCUUAAAUCCAGAAUUGCUGAAGUCCCUGAUAAAUCCAGAUUAUGGACUUUGUACUGUACAUAAGUUAUUCUGUUGCUCAUGUUAUUGCUAUUUAAAAUACUUUAAAUGAUUUAUUUAAAUUAUCUGUUUAAAAGUCUUAAUUAAGUAGUAUAAAAUUAAUUAAGUAAUAUAAAACUGUCUGUUUGCAUAAACAAACAAUAAUGUAAAAUUUUAAAUUUAAUUCACAUUAUUAAUUUUUAUAAAAGUUUAUGUCUGAGGUUUUAUUAUCUUGAAUAGUACAUUGUAAUUUGAAAACCUUAAUUUCCAGUUUGAUAAUAAUUGUCAUCCCAUUGUAUAUAUAAUGAACUAAAUUAUUCAUGUACAAAAUUUCUUGUAUUACUUUCCAUGAGUAUAAACAAAAUUUAAAAUUUAAUACCAUUUUCAACAUGAAGAUAAAAUUCUCAGUUCUCAGUAAAUUAGUAGCAAUUCAAUUAUUUAUUAAAGGCUGAACAAUUUAUCUUGCUGUUUCUUUCUUUUGAAAAAUCAUAUUAUGUGUGUUGUAUGGAAAGUGUACAUCUUAAAUAUAGGGUGGGACAUAAAUUUUUGUACUUUUGAAAAUGCUAUUAAAAAUGAUAAACUUUGGUAUAACAGAAUUAAACAUGUCUGAGAGUUUAAUUUUUAAAAAUAACACUGCCAGAAAUGACCAUAUUCAUGACUUUGUCUGUCUUGCAAUGAACACAAAGGUUUUGGUAAACAUGCUGACACACUGCACAUGUAAUUGCUACUGUCUCAUCAUUAAUAUGUUCUUCCAUUUGGGUUUUACUGUCAGUUUACUUUUGCAUACCCUUAUUUUAAGAUAAUAAUUAAUAUGAAAAAGAUCCAGGUUCUUGGAGGCUAAGAGAAAUUUUCUGUAUGGGAAAUCACUAUUGAGGAAUACUUUUUUUAACCAAAGAUAUGGCACAGCUUUCACAUUCUUAUAACUUUGGUGCCAGAUAUUCCAGAAAGAUUUCACUUAUUCAGCUGAAGUUAAAAGCAAAAUUAUUUCCCUGAUCUCAAAGAAAUACGGACCGAUUAUGCCUUCAAAUGAUAUGCUCACCCACAAUAUUGUUUUAGGUGAAUCGUGUUUAUGGAUUGUCAGGUUUGAAUCUUGGAAAAUAGGCAUUUUUAUGGUUUUCUUCAUGUGUAAUGUGGAUACAAGCAAAUUUCUGUUAAAAAGGCUUCACCAAAGACAUCUCUUCGAUUAGGCAGAUAAAACCAAAACCUUUAGGGACUGUCAAAUCUUUUCUAAAAACUUAGCCAUCCUACUUGUUUUCAGACCACUUGUGUCUGAAUUUCCUGGCCCAUGAUUUAAUUAACCUUGCAACAUUGAUUAAUGUUGUGCAAAUCAUAGCAUAACCAAUACAAGCAACCUAGGACUAUAAUAAGAAUUGUUAUUUUUGUAAAAGUAUUAUGCAAGACUGUUCAACCAUGAAGGGUACCAUGGUAACUAAAAUUCAAAGAACUCGCAUAUUGCUACUAUCGUUCAUUCAGCCUCUCUCUAAUAUUUUUUAGAAAAAUCGGACUGUCAUUUGCAAAUAAUUUAUAGCCCACCUUAUAUUUUAAAAGUAUUAUGCAUCUUCAGUAAAUCUAUCCCAUAUUUUUUAUAACACAAAAUUUUAACUUUUUUUACAUGUAAAUGUUUUUUAAUUAGAUGUAAUAGUUAAAAACAGCUACAUAGUCAUUUUAUGUCAACUUUCUAAAUUAUCACAAUUUUUAAUUAUAGCACAUUUAGGAAGUAUUUUGAGUUUGCCAUUGAGCCUCUAGUUUUUUCUAAUGCAAAUGCAUUAAAUUAAUAUCGGAAAGUUUAGAACAAAAUAUCUUCUAUUUGUAUAUAUAUUUAUUUUUAAAUUAAAAAACUAGCCACUUUUA